AUGGCGCAGACAAUCAAAACCGUCGCUCUCGCAGGGGCAACCGGCAACGCAGGUUCCAACAUCCUAACCGCCCUCCUCGACACUGGUAAAUUCACCAUCACCGUCCUCACCCGCAAACCAAACCCCAACCUCCCCACCAGCGUAACCGCCCAAGUCGUCGACUUCGACUCCCUGGACUCCCUAACCGCCGCCCUAAAAGGCCAAGACGCCUUCAUCGACGCCACCUCCACCCCGGACCCCAGCGUCGCCAUCCGCCUCAUCGACGCAUCCGUCGCCGCUGGCGUCCACCGCUUCAUCCCCGCCGAGUUCAGCAUCGACCCCACCGCCACAAACUGCCGCGCCCUGCCCGUGUUUGCCGGCAAGGCAAAGGUCAACGACUACCUCCGCCAGGUGGCCGCCGACGGCCGGAUAACCUACACGAGCAUCUCGACCGGGGCCUUCCUCGAGUUGAGUCUGCGGACGGGGUUCGUGAACAUCGACCUUGCCAAGAAGCGCAUCGAUCUGCUGAAUGACGGGUCGCGUCUCACCCCCUGGACACUGCUCUCGUCCGUAGGCAAAGCCGUGGCGAAUGCUCUGCUGCGCGCGGACGAGACCAAGAACAGGACGUGCUACGUGUGCAGUAUCAUGAAGAGUCAGAAGGAGGUGGGCGAGCUGGCGCAGGAGGCUCUGGGCAAGGAGGGCUGGAGCGUGCAGAGUCAGGAUGCCGCAAAGGCGCUGGAGGGGGCGAUGGCGCAGUUCAAGGUCGGGAAUGUCACGGUUGAGGUUAUUGGGGCUAUGAUUCGGUGGACGCUUACGCAGCCGGAGAGCGCGGCUGGCUGGGCCAAGAAUGAUAAUGAGUUGCUGGGGGUUCCGACUAUGACGGAUGAGGAGGUCAAGCAGUUGAUUAAGCAGAUAGUGGAGGAGAUGAAGGCAUAA